AUGGGCAUGUUGGCAUAUUUGCGUGCACAUGACAUGCCUAUGGGAAGGGAAAUUCGAAGACUUGAUAGUCUUGGUGUCAGACUUGAUGAUACCGAAGAUGGUGAGUUAGUGGGAAUCACGCCAGCACGGUCUGAUAUUGUGGAAAGGAUAAAGUCCAAGCAGUAUGACGACGAACUUUUGAUGAAACUGCGGGAUAGAGUGGAAAGGGGUGAGUACACUUCAUUCACUGUUGGGACAAGUGACAGUGUCCUACGGUUGCAAGGACGGUUAUGUGUUCCUCAUGUUGACGAACUUCGACAAGAAUUGAUGGUGGAGGCGCAUAGUUCUAAAUACUCUGUGCAUCCGGGGUCCACCAAGAUGUAUAAGGAUUUAAAACAGCACUAUUGGUGGAAGAGCAUAAAGGUUGAUAUUUUUAACUUUGUGGCCAAGUAUUUGAACUGUCAACAAGUUAAAGCUGAACAUCAAAGGCCUGGAGGCCUGACUCAGAAUAUCGAGAUUCCGCAGUGGAAGUGA